AUGACGAUACACAAUCUCGACUUAUCUUCUAUCAGGGCACUCUUAGCAGCAGUGUCCCCUACUCUCAACCUUCAGCCACCAUCAGGGAUACCCUCCGCUAGCGACGCCCAUGAUCCGCAGGGAACGUUAUCAAUCCAAGCUGUCACGCGUUGGGAUCGAUUCAACCAUGAAGACAUCACUGCAGCCAUGGACAGCCUACUCUCAAUGCCAAUCGGCACGCAGUCGUUCCCGUUCUAUGUGGCAGAACGACAUAUCCGUGGAUCUAUCUCCUUAGCAUUCGACUCGUGGCACUGCGAAAUCAUCAACCUGAUGAUUCACCAUCUUCUAUCCUACGUCGAAGGAGCUGAAAUUGACAUGGACGGCUUCCUCUUCGGCAACAGAACUUCCACCAUUCGACGUGCAACCAGAGAUGGAGACAACGCGCGAGGGAAAUUGAAGGACGAAUGGGAACAACCUGAUUGGUCCAUUACGACGCAUCAGGGGUUUCUAGUCGCCGGCCACGAGGUGAAGGUGUGCCGUUGGAGCUCGGAGUUGCUAGAUAAUGUCCCAGACGCGAGAGCCUUGGAGCCACUUGCGCAGCUUGGUCAUCUGUGCUGGCACGCUCGGACCCGAUAA